UCUCCUCGCAAGUCUUCUUGCCUGCCUGGCUAACUUUUUUUAACCCGACUCCAUCCCACACAGCCUCCUCCAUCGCACACCAACCCCUCGGCAGUUUCACCCCCCCUCCCUCCUAGUUCUGCUCUUAUUGCAGCAGCGUCCCCUGGAUCGGGCGGAACCCAUUUGGUCAGUCUACACGGGGCACUGCUACAUGGGGCGCACGGUCUCGCUCGGAAAAUGGUCUGCUGUCGGUCUCUAGACGCCCCGCUGAACCUGUCGGGAUUGGAGUUGUCGGUGCGCGUCUGCGUCUCUUUCCCACCUCGCCUGUGCUGUCGGGGCCAGUGAGAUAUGGGUCUGUCCGUGGCGGCGGCGGCGCAGGCACCGCUCGAGGAGCCCCGACGGCUGCGCCAGUGGAGCGGGACGGCGGGAGGCUGGCUCAGGAUCACCCUCGUCUCGUUUCUCGCCACUUUACCUGUGGAGCAGCUGCGCGCCUUCCCUUCCUCCCUCAGCGACUGUCAGACGCCGACCGGCUGGAACUGCUCCGGUUUUGAUGACCGGGACACAGACCUUUUCUUGUGCGACACCAACACAUGCAAGUUUGAUGGCGAGUGUCUAAGAAUUGGGAACAUGGUGACGUGCAUUUGCGAUUUCAAGUGCAACAAUGACUAUGCCCCAGUGUGUGGCUCCAACAAUCAGAACUACCAGAACGAGUGUUUCCUGCGCAAGGAUGCCUGCAAGCAACAGUCUGAAGUACUUAUAAUGUCCGAAGGGGCCUGUCCUGCUGAUGUCGGCUCAGGAUCAGGAGACGAUGGAGGAGAAGGCUCAGCUGAAGCCGGACCGAAGGACACAUCCACCUGUGACAUUUGCCAGUUUGGGGCGGAGUGCGAUGUGGAUGCAGAAGAUGUUUGGUGUGUGUGCAACAUCGACUGCUCCCACAUCAGCUUCAACCCGGUGUGUGCCUCAGACGGUCGUUCCUAUGACAACCCCUGCCAGGUGAAGGAGGCGUCCUGUCAGAAACAGGAACGUAUCGAGGUCAAGUACCUGGGCCACUGCCAAGGUGACAUCAUAACUGGGAACAAAGGAGAUGGACACUUUGCACGGACUGACCUCACAGUAGAGGAAAAAGAGGACCCGAGGAAUGGGCUGGCUCGCGGCCUGUACAUCCCCUGUCCAGAUCACUACAAAAACUACUGCGUCCACGGAGAGUGUCAGUUCCCCAGUAUCCUUGCCCAGCCCUCCUGCAGCUGUCACUCUGGGUUUAGGGGUCCCCAGUGUGACAUCAAAGAGUACAAUGUGCUCUAUGUGGUGCCGGGCUCUGGCAAACUGCACUACGUCCUCAUCGCCUCUAUCAUUGGAGCACUCCAGGUGGUGAUCAUCUGUGUGGUGGUGCUCUGCAUUACCAGGAAGUGCCCACGGACCAACAGGAUCAACCGGCAGAAGCAGAACAAUGUCCACUUCAGUUCAGAGAACACCAUGCGCGCCUCCACUCGACUUAUCUGAGCCCAAACACACUGGACAGAGUCCUCCUCCACUUUACGGAGAGCUACGGCGUUUGAUGUUGCCCCCCUCGUAGGCCAACCCCCCAAAAUUUAGAAUCUGCUUCCCCUCACUCCUCACCCUCUCCCUCAGUACAAACUUUAAGAAUGCCCAGGGAGGACGGUGGCGUAGCAAAGACAGAGCUGGAAUAUGAGUCAGUGGUGAGACUCACUUCGUGGGGUACUGUUCUCAUCAUUUGCCGCCACCGCCACCAACCCCCCACCUGCCCCCCCCAGUUACCAAUGUGUCUCUGUGCACCUUGUCACUUCCGCCCAGGGUUUUUCUGACAAACUGAACCAUGAGGUGUUUGGGGGUGCUGAGGAUACUGAAUGUGAGUGUGUGUGAAUGUGUCUUAGAUGUGUGAGCUUUGGUAGAGGCGGGCUAGCCAGUGUCUGUUGUUUGUAGAUGAGGGGUUAAAGCAAAUUGGGGUAGUGCAAAGCAGGGUAACGGGUUUUAAAUGAGGUGUGUGUC